AUGACUCAAGAUCAACCUGCUAACUCAGACACCAUUUAUCUCAAUCACAUCAUCUCGCAAAUUCACUCUAAUCUUUCCCUUCUCUUGUCUCAAGACAAGAUAUCUAAUACCGAUGUCGCUUUCAUCAAAGCUAAACUGCCGGCCCUAGCGUCGAACCAAUCAGCCACUCAAGAUGCUCGCACAUCUAUGCCUUCUAUUCCAACAAGUCAAUAUCAACAGCCAGUUGCUAUGCCCGUCAGUCAGCCAGCCCCUCCAACUCAACCGAACCCUCCGUCAUCAAAUCAAACAAACCCCACCGGUGGUCAGAAAUCAAAUGACAACUAUAAGAGGGCCAAGGCUGUAUGGACGUACUCAGGAUCUGCUCCAGACGAUUUGAGCUUCCAGAAGGGCGACAUCAUAGUCAUUCUAGCUGAAGAGAACGCAGACUGGUGGAGAGGAGAGCAUGUUGAUGUCAUCCCAUCAUCCAACGAGCCAGCUGUUAUGCAACCACCAGUCAACAAUCAAACUUCUGCGCAGCCGUACAGUCAGUAUCAACACAACCCACCUCCUACGCAAUAUGCCCCACCCAUGACGUCAAAUUAUUCGAACGGGCACCCGCAACCUUCAUACGCCCCAGCACCGCAUUGGCAAGCUCCACCGUAUCAUCAUGGUCAGUACCAAGGUGACAUCAAAGCUCCUCCAAUGUCAGGACACAUGGCCCCCCCACCCCUACAACAUACUCAAAGUGCUCCACCUACUCAAGUCGUGGUAGAGAAACCCAAGAAAAAACCUUUCCAAGGAAGACUUGGUCAAGCCCUUGUGGGAGGAGCUGGUUUCGGAGCUGGCUCUGCUGUAGCUAGUCACGUCGAAUUCCUUUGUAUAUGCGAAUUUACAAGCUUGUUAAUUGACAUUCGCGUCGCUGAGGGUGCCCACGUCGCUGAGAAUGCUUGA